GGGCGAUCAUUUUCCACCGGCAGUUGUAAACAACAUCCUACUCAAAAGUCGAUCAUGCGUUAAACCUCAACACGCUUGUCUGGCUUUCAAUUUGAAACUUAUGCCAUACGAUCGUGGUCUACACAUACCGCACCACAGUUCGGAACUAGAGCUCGAAUCUAUAACAAACCACUAAACUAUGGCGGUCAGCUUCGCGAUCAACGGUCGUCCGUACCACAGUAGGAGUUUGCUGUAGAUUAUCGAUUUGGAUAUAAUUGUAAUUAUAAUUAUUUUGCCACCGUAGUAACCCCAACCGACGUCCCGAUCGAAACCAGUCUAAUCUCAUUUAUUCGAAACCAUGCGCACCUGACCGGAACCAAGUUCAUGUGUUCCGAAGGGAACUGCGGUGCUUGCAUGGUGCAUGCGACAAAGAUUCAUCCCGUUAGUAGGGAACCGAUGUCAGUCAAUUUGAAUUCGGUGAGCGAUUUGUGGUUUGAAAAAUUGGAUUGUUAAUUUAUUUCCUAAACUGAUAGUGUCUGAUGUCGGUUUACUCCUGCCAUGGGAUGGAUAUAACAACGAUCGAGGGAAUUGGACCGACAGUUGAAGGAUACAACAUCAUUCAACGGAGAUUGGCACGCUUCAAUGGAACUCAAUGCGGUCUUUGCUCUCCAGGAAUGGUAAUGAACAUGUACGGUUUGCUGGAGUCAACAAAGGGGCAAAUAACGAUGGAAGAAAUAGAAAAGUCCUUCGCAGGGAACGUAUGUCGAUGUACCGGAUAUCGACCUAUAAUGGAUGCUAUGAAGUCAUUUGGAACAGAUGCGUGCAGCGCGUUGCUUGCAAAGUGUAAAGAUAUAGAAGAUUUAGGAAACGAGUGCAACCGAGAUGAAAAAUGUGUGAAAAGUUGUCUGAAAUUUGUAGACAAGAAACCCAUUCAUAUGUUUUUCGGGAAUGACAAAGAAUGGCAUAAAGUUUAUGAUGUAAAUGAAGCGUUUAAAAUUCUGAAAGACAUUGGAUAUAAACCAUACAGCUUUGUGGCGGGAUGUACUGUACAGGGUGUGAGUAAUGAUAGAAGUGCCCCGAAGGUAUUCAUUGAUAUAAGUUCAGUUGAAGAAUUACACUCCCAUUGGAUGGGAAGUGAGCUUAUUGUCGGAGCAAAUGUGUCUUUAUCUGAGCUUAUUACAAUUUUGAAAGAAGCUGCUGGCAGAGAAGAGAAAUUCAAAUACUGCGAACAGUUGAGCAAUCAUGUGGCUAUGAUCGAUCACCCGUCAUUGAGAGACCUUGGAACACUUGCGGGGAAUUUGAGUAUGAAAAACAGAAAUCAAGGAUUUUCUUCAGAUUUGCAUGUUAUUUUGGAGGCGGUACAAGCUUCGAUAACAAUUACUGAUUGUGACGGUCGAAUUGAUUCUGUUAGCCCUCAGCAGUUGUGUCGGCUGGACAUGGAUAAAAAACUAAUCCUUAAUGUGUCAUUCCCACCUAUGCAUGCGGAUAAUUAUGCCUUCCGUUCGUAUCGCGUUGAAUCGCGAGCUCAAAACGGACGCGUCUUCGUUAUAGGAGCCUUUUUCAUACGAUGGUGUGCCAGACAACGAACCAUCGAGUCUGCGGCUGUUUGUUUCGGUGGAAUCAGCUCAACCUUUACUCACGCGAUUGAGACGGAAAAGGCCCUCUGCGGUAAAAAUCCCUUCAAUAACAAUGUGCUUCAGCAAACUUUAGAGGCUCUUGACUUGGACCUAAAGCCUUUUUGGGAUCCAUAUCAGGUUGACCCUCAGUACCGCAAACAAGCAGCAAUUGGAAUAUUUUAUAAAUUUAUGCUCAGUAUAGCUCCUAGAAAACUCGUAGAUUCAAAAUUCAUAUCAGGAUCAACUAGUUUUGAGAGACCAGUUUCAAGUGGUGCUCAAUCUUAUAAAACCUUUCCGCAAAGCUGGCCCCUAACCAAAAGCAUACCGAAACUAGAAGGGAUUUUACAAGCUUCCGGAAAGUCAUCCUACAUCAACGAUACACCCUCAAUGGCACACGAGUUAUAUGCCGCCUAUGUCAUCGCUACAAAACCCAGAACCAUCAUCAAAGAGUUGGAUGUAACUGAAGUAUUGAAUAUACCCGGCGUUGUUCAGUUUAUAUCUGCUGGGAACAUCCCUGGAAGUAACAACUUUAUGCCAUACGCAGGCACUUCAAAACACUAUUUUCCAUACGGCGAAGAAGAGGAGGAAAUUUUCUGUACUGGCAAAGUACUUUUUCAUGGUCAACCUGUAGGUUUGAUAUUGGCCGAAACAUUGGAGUUGGCCAACCGCGCAGCAAAAUCAGUUCGUAUAGAUUAUUCUGAACCCGAUGGGCCUUUACUUCCAACCCUGAAACAUGUUCUCCAAGCAGGUGCAAUGAAUCGCAUCAAACCAGCAGGUGCACCUCAGACGGGCCCCAACUAUGAAUCCACUAACGGUGGCUACUACAGAAUCUCCGGUAAGGUAGCGCUCGAAGGACAGUACCACUAUUCACUCGAAACUGAAAGUUGCAUCUGUGUACCUAAAGAAGAUGGAAUGGACGUAUAUUGUUCAACACAAGAUAUGGAUUACGUGCAAGUAACAAUUUCGGGAGUUUUGAAGUUACCACAAAGCAAGAUCAAUAUGAUCUGUCGGCAUGUUGGCGGUUCUUUUUCUUCAAAAAUAACACGCAGCUCACAGGUUGCCAGUGCCUGUGCUCUUGCUGCAUAUAUAACGCAAUGUCCGGUACGCUUCAUGCUAUCUCUAGAAUCCAACAUGACCUCCUUCGGCAAGCGGAAAGGAUGUGUAAGUAACUACGAAGUGUCAGUGCGAGGAGAUGGCAAGAUAGCAAGGCUUACCAACUCUUUCAUCUACGACUGUGGGGCUCACACAAACGAACCCAGUGAACUUUAUUAUAUCAAACAUUUCACGAAUAGUUAUGAUAGUACAGCAUGGAAACUGAUACCAAACCAAGCACGAACAGAUGCUCCUACCAACAUUUGGAGUCAUUAUCCUGGGGCAGCCGAAGCAGUCGCCACGAUCGAAACAGUCAUGGAGCACAUUGCGUUCGAAAGAGGUUUGGAUGCUCUUGACGUCCGUAUGGUUAAUUUUGUUAAGGGUAGCAAACUACGUGUGCUGUGCCCACAAUUCAGAAAAGAUGUAGAGUUUGACAGUCGCAAAAAAGAAAUUGAGCUCUUCAAUGAAUCCAACCGGUGGAAAAAGCGAGGCAUCUCCAUAGUGCCGCAAGAAUUUCCAGUAGAAUUCAAAGGUGGAAUGAAGGCUUGGAUUUCUGUUCACCAUCUUGAUGGGUCAGUUUCCAUUAGCCAUGGAGGUGUCGAAAUCGGACAAGGGAUGAAUACUAAAAUUAUUCAAAUUGCAGCUCACACGUUAGGAAUUCCGAUGGGAAAAAUAGCAAUCAAACCUUAUAGCAAUUUGAUUGCAGCAAACAACUUUAUGACGGUAGAUAUGUUUUCCACUGAUCAAUUGGGCUUCGCAGUAAUGAAGGCCUGUCAAAUUUUGGCAAACCGUAUGAAACCAAUAAGGGACGCAAACCCAGCCGCUUCGUGGGAAGUUUUAGUAAGCACAUGCUUUACGCUGAAUGUUAACCUAACCGCUUCUUAUUGGUUUACUGCGAGUGAAAUGAAAAACUACACCAUAUUGACCUUGGGAUGUAGCGAAAUCGAGCUAGAUGUCCUAACGGGUAAUGUCCGAGUAAUUAGAGCGGAUAUCCUGGAAGAAGCCGGUGGAAGUCUGAAUCCGGCCGUAGACAUAGGUCAAAUCGAAGGUGCAUUCGUUAUGGGACUUGGUUAUUAUCUCAACGAGUCACUGCAAUAUGAUCCAGAGACAGGAGCUCUGCUGAACAACACAGCCAUGACUUACAAACCUCCAGGGCCCAAGGACAUCCCUACAGAUUUCCGGAUUAAGUUACACCAAAACAACCCACACAAUCCAGCAGAACUAUGGCGUUUCAAAGCCACGGGAGCUUCGGCUUUUUCGAUUGCUGUUUCCGCUGUAUUUGCCUUGAGACAAGCUCUGAUGUCGGCCCGUAAAGAUGCUAAUCUACGAACUGAGUGGUUACCUCUUGGUCAACCAGCAACACCGGACAAUAUUCUACAUUUAACUGGAAAUUCAACCAAUCAGUACAUUUUCUCUAAUUGCACGAUGUGAAUAAAAUAGUAAGCCUGAAUUAUUUUACAAUGCUUUCCCAAGCGAUUUCAAAUUGUUUGAAUGAAUAAACAAA